AUGGCUAAUUCAUGCACAGACGGUGGCGGCUAUGGACAGGACUGGGCCGCAAAUUACGACUUUUCACACAUGGCAAAGACGGUUGACAACGGCUUCAUGACUGUUAUUAUACAAUAUCGUCUUGGUGCUUUUGGCUUUGCGUCAUCUGGUGAGAUUGCUCACUUUGGGACCCCUAAUGCCGGCCUUCACGACGUGCGUCUUGCGCUCGAAUGGGUACAAGACUACAUCCAUCUAUUUGGAGGGGACCCUGCACGCGUCACCAUCGCUGGUGAGUCUGCCGGCGGAGGCGCUGUUAUGCUGACAGCGAUGGCCAACAACGGCUCCGACGGGACCUCGCUAUUUCAACGAGCCAUCGUCUCGAGCCCAUAUUUGCCUACUCAAUGGAACCAAAAUGACAUUCAGCCUUCCCAAGUAUACUACAGUCUAGCUGCGCAUGCUGGCUGCAUGAGCCCCGUCGUGACGCAGAACGGGAGCGUAUACGACUGCUUGCAAAGUGUCGAUAGCAACAUCUUGCAGAAUGCUAGCGCUUAUGCAAGCAUGGAAGGAAAAUGGGGCCAAUGGGCCUUUCUGCCGGUCACUGAUGACAGGCUCAUCACCCAGAGACCGACGGAGCAGCUUCUGAAAGGCAGCGUAAACGGCAAAUCCAUUCUUUCAGGGAACAAUGCUAAUGAAGGGACGUUGUUCGUGCCCACGGACGUUGACACCCGAGACCGGUUUGUAUCACGUAUGAAGUUGGAUUAUCCGCUUUUGGGAGAAGAUAACAUAACUGCGAUCAUGAGACUCUACGACAUUGAGAGGGUGCAGUCGGUCGAGACGUUAUAUGACACCAAUGGCUUGACACCGCCUUUUGCAACAAGCCAUUCUGGGAUCGCUAAGGGCUGGCUUCAGGCAGCAUACAACCUUUAUGCCGAGGCUACAUUUGUCUGUCCCGCAAUGUGGCUUGCAGACGCCUUCGCCCGAGGAGAUGGUAACUCAGCUGUACAGUCACGAUCUUGGCGCUAUCAGUAUUCGCCACCGCCUGCUUUCCACGAUGACGACCUCGACGUUCUCAUGAAGGAUGUUCACAACACCAACGAUACAGAUGGAGCAGAUGAAAGCGUCGGAUUUCGGCUGGCAUUUCAGAGCAUCUGGGGACGUUUCAUCAUUGACGGGGAUCCGACUUUGACUGACGAAAUGAUACUGAGCAUCCAGCAAACAGGGGAGAACGUGACUGCCGCGAGCACUUCACAGUGGCCAGCUUGGGGAUCUGAGUCUCCGGACGCCAGCGGCUCCGACAAUUCAAUGCUGAACUUGAACCUGACCCUUGUUGAGGGCGGCGUGGCCAAAUUUGACGUCGUAGAUGGAUUCUCUUGGGAGGGAGGAAGGGUAGACAGGUGCAAUCUUUGGGCGGAUUUAGGUUACUGGAUCCAGGCUUAG